UGACCUGACCCUGUCUUUGAAAGAACAGGUUUUUGGCAUGUUUCAAUCGUGACAUCAAUACUAACCUAUCUUCUCUACUUCAAACUCCAAUGGUCUAUUUUCAAAGAAAAAAUUAGGAUGAACUUUCAUCUCAAAAACCAUCAAAACUUGUUGAUAAAGUUUCAUACUUUCAAAAGCUGAUUCAAUUUUCACAACUGGGUUUUUGAUUUUUGAUUUAUUUCUUGUUUGUGUGAAAGAAUGGCGUUGGAUAGGAUUGAAGAGGGAAGCGCGAGAUUGUUGGGAAGCACCAGUGGUGGAAGUAGUGAGUCUAGGUGGGUUGAUGGAAGUGAAGUUGACUGGGAUGAAGCUCCUCCUUGGUCUACUAAGAGCCAUGGAAGUGAUGGUAGAGAAGGGUAUGGUUCAAUUAGGAGGAGGCUUGUUAAGAAACCUAAAAGGGUUGAUUCUUUUGAUGUUGAAGCUAUGGAGAUUUCUGCAACUCAUGAUCAACACUCCAAGGAGCUUUCCCUCUGGCCUACCAUUGCAUUGGCAUUUCAAACUCUUGGUGUGGUAUAUGGUGACAUGGGAACAAGUCCUCUUUAUGUUUUUGCCGAUGUCUUCAGCAAGGUUCCUAUUAACUCAGACGAUGAUGUCUUGGGGGCGUUAUCAUUAGUAAUGUACACGAUAGCGCUUAUUCCGUUAGCAAAAUAUGUUUUCAUAGUUCUCAAAGCUAAUGAUAAUGGAGAAGGAGGAACUUUUGCACUAUACUCGCUGAUUUGUAGGUAUGCGGAUGUGAAUCUGCUUCCGAAUCGCCAACAAGCUGAUGAACAAAUCUCUAGUUUUAAGCUCAAACUUCCAACUCCAGAACUCAAAAGGGCUUUAAAAAUAAAAGAGACUUUGGAAAGGACGUCGAUUUUGAAGAACGUGUUGUUAGUGUUGGUUCUUAUCGGAACUUCCAUGAUUAUCGGAGAUGGUAUUCUAACUCCAGCAAUAUCAGUGAUGUCGGCCAUCAGCGGUCUACAGGAUCAAAUAAACGGAUUCGGUACAAGUGAGGUGGUUAGUAUAUCGAUUCUAGUCCUGGUGGCUUUGUUCAGCAUUCAACGAUUCGGUACCGCUAAAGUGGGUUUCAUGUUUGCCCCUGUACUUGCUUUAUGGUUCUUUUCUCUCGGUUCUAUUGGACUAUAUAAUAUGCUUAGAUAUGAUAUUACUGUUGUGAGAGCACUCAACCCGGCAUAUAUCUAUUAUUUCUUCAAGAACAACGGAAAAAGCGCAUGGUCUGCUCUUGGUGGUUGCGUUCUUUGUAUUACAGGCGCGGAAGCAAUGUUUGCAGAUCUAGGACAUUUUACUGUACCGUCAAUACAGGUUAGUGAAUCCUCGAAUAAAUAUAUAAAAAUAUUUGAAUUUCUUCGCUUUCUUAAAUCUCAUGCACGAUUGCUCAUCCAGAUCGCUUUCACUUUCGUGGUAUUUCCAUGUCUCCUUCUCGCCUAUAUGGGACAAGCUGCUUUUCUGAUGAAAAACCCCGCUUCUUAUUCAAGUGUAUUCUACAAAUCUGUUCCAGAGAGUCUCUUCUGGCCGGUGUUUGUUAUAGCGACACUUGGUGCUAUGAUUGCAAGCCAAGCAAUGAUAUCUGCUACGUUUUCGUGCGUUAAGCAAUCAAUGGCUUUGGGAUGCUUCCCCAGGCUCAAGAUAAUUCAUACCUCAAAAAAGUUCAUGGGUCAAAUUUACAUCCCCGUCAUUAAUUGGUUUCUGAUGAUCAUGUGCAUCAUCGUCGUUUCCAUUUUCAAAAGCACCACCGAUAUCGCAAAUGCAUAUGGCAUUGCUGAAGUCGGUGUUAUGAUGGUUAGCACCACAUUAGUGACACUAGUUAUGCUUUUAAUUUGGCAAACAAACUUGUUUCUCGCAUUUUGCUUCCUACUUGUGUUCGGUUCUGUGGAGCUUAUUUACAUGUCUUCGGUCCUAUCGAAAAUCUUUGAAGGCGGAUGGCUUCCACUCGCCUUCGCUACCUUUUUCCUCUCCGUGAUGUACACGUGGAACUACGGAAGUGUAUUGAAGUACCGAAGGGAAGUCAGAGAAAAAAUUUCAAUGGACUUAAUGCUCGAUCUUAGUUCCAAUCUCGGAACAGUAAGAGUUCCAGGAAUAGGUUUGUUGUAUAACGAGCUUGUCCAAGGUAUUCCCUCGAUUUUUCUGCAGUUCCUUCUAAGUCUUCCGGCUCUUCACUCUACCAUAGUUUUCGUCUGCAUUAAAUACGUUCCGAUUCCUGUGGUUCCUCAAGAAGAAAGAUUUUUAUUCCGAAGAGUUUGUCCAAAAGAUUACCAUAUGUUCCGCUGCGUUGCUCGGUACGGUUACAAAGACAGCCGCAAAGAAGAUCACCGUGCAUUCGAGCAACUUCUCAUCGAAAGCCUCGAGAAAUUCUUGAGAAAGGAAGCGCUAGAAGCUGCGUUGGAGGAUAACUUUACCGACGACUUGGACAGCAUCUCGGUGGAUACAAGAAACUCUGAUCUUACGCCUGGCACUGCGGUGGAAGAGCUUAGGAUUCCACUAAUGCAAGGUCAGAAUUUGGAAGAAAGAGGAGCUACGACCUCACGUGAAGCUGCAUCGACAGUACUACCGUCUAGUUACAUGUCGUUGGAUGAUGAUCCUAGUCUUGAAUACGAGCUUUCAGCUCUUCGAGAAGCAAUGGAUUCGGGAUUCACUUAUUUGCUCGGCCAUGGAGAUGUGAGGGCAAAGAAGGACUCAUUUUUCUUUAAGAAAUUGAUGAUAAACUAUUUCUAUGCAUUUCUGAGAAAGAAUUGCAGAGGAGGUACUGCAAAUAUGAAAGUACCUCACACCAAUAUCAUUCAAGUGGGGAUGACAUAUAUGGUUUGAACUAUGAAUGAAUGAGCCAUGCAAUGUAAUCUCAGUUUAAAACAACACAUUGUUAUUGUUAUUGUUGUUGAUGUUUUUCUUUCUGUUAACAAUGAUUGGAAAUAUUGUUGGAGUUAUGUUGGCUUAAAUAUUUAUUUUGGUCUUUAGAGCA